ACGCGACUCAUAAUUAUUCGUUCACGGACGCGCGCGCGGUAUACCGCGGUUUAACGACUUCUGUUCGAAUAAGGACGUUAUCCGAGAAAAAAAUCCCAAAACUCUUAAACGAAUAAUCAUAUUAAAACAAUUAUAAAAAUUUAAACCGCGGGCCGUCUAAUAUCCGAAUCUAAAACUACAAUAAACACAGCUAUAGCAAUUAUCGUGCUAACAUCCACUGUUAUAACCACCACAAAUAAUUUAUACAAUCUAAAUUCGAUUUAGUAUCAAACUUAAAAAAAAAUAAUAGUCGUUCGUUGAAUUCUACAAGACUCCACCGAUAUAUAAGCUUCACUCGAUCUUUCGAAUCGCUCGGCAGAAAGUCGUCUCGCCGUAUUCAACCCGUCGUCGUAACAUCUGAUCGUGAAAACGGGAAAUUUGACCAAUUGUGAUCUACUUGCUGGAUCGACGACGGCAUCAUGGAUGGCUCUUGGUGGAACUCGCGAGAAAAACUAAUACAGGUGAUGUCUAGACGUAAAAGCGACAACGACGUAGUGAUUGAUCAACCAGGCAAGGAAAAACUAGCCAGGGUCCUCAAUCUGGUAGACUUGACGGCACUUGGUGUAGGGUCAACAUUGGGUGUGGGCGUAUACGUACUCGCUGGAGCUGUAGCUAAAACAGACGCCGGUCCGGCGGUUGUGCUAUCGUUCAUUUUGGCCGCCUUUGCAUCAGCUUUUGCAGGUCUGUGUUAUGCUGAAUUCGCAGCGCGAGUGCCAAAAGCCGGGUCGGCUUACGUUUACAGUUACGUCGGAGUUGGCGAAUUUGUCGCGUUCGUUAUUGGAUGGAAUCUGAUACUCGAAUACGUCAUUGGUACUGCGAGCGUCGCCAAAGGUCUAAGUAACUACAUCGACGCUUUGUUAGAGUAUCCCAUGAAAAGAACAAUGACCGAACUCUUCCCCAUGAAUGUCAGUUUUUUGUCCGAGUUUCCAGACUUUUUGUCAUUUAGCGUUGUAUUACUAUUAUCGAUCUUACUAUCGUGGGGAGUUCGAGAAUCCACAAUGAUUAACAACAUAUUUACAGUCGUUAAUUUAUUAACCGUAGCUACCGUCGUUAUAACCGGAUUAUUCAAAGUUAAUUUAUACAAUUGGAAUAUACCAAAACAAGACAUUCCGAAGAACGUAAAAGGCGGCGAAGGUGGUUUUAUGCCUUUUGGAUGGGCCGGAGUAACUGCAGGGGCUGCAAAAUGUUUUUAUGGAUUCAUCGGUUUCGACACAGUAGCAACGACAGGAGAAGAAGCGAAAAAACCGAAACGUGACAUUCCGUUGGCCAUCAUAUUGUCGUUGUCCAUCAUAACUUUUGCAUACUGCUGUAUCAGUUCGGUGUUAACUCUCAUGUGGCCAUAUUAUAAACAGGACGCUGACGCGCCGUUCCCCUACGUCUACGACCAUCUCGGCUGGACAACAAUAAAAUGGAUUGUUUCUUCUGGCGCUAUCUUCGCUCUGUUUACCAGUCUCAUAGGUACCAUGUUUCCAUUGCCGAGAAUUCUAUACGCUAUGUCCUGUGACGGUCUCCUGUUCAGCAUGUUCUCUGAUAUUCACCCAAAGUACCAGACACCUCUAUUAGCCACUCUGUUGUCGGGAUUGCUUGCGGGCAUUAUGUCAGCAAUUUUCAAUCUGGAACAGCUGAUCGAUAUGAUGUCGAUCGGCACAUUAUUGGCGUACUCGAUCGUGUGCAUUUGUGUGCUAGUGUUAAGGUACAAAAACGACUCGGACGUGGAGUUUGUAAUCAAAGGUAACGAUGAAUUGGAGACCAGCAGUUUCACAGAAACCAUCAUCAAGACUGUGGUAAAGUACUUUAACCUGUCCAACAUUAAAUACGCCAAUGAAGAAACCGAGAGUGUGGCCACGAUCAUCACUAUGUUGUACAUUUUUACGUCUGCUGUGUUUUGCUUCAUCACCGUCCAACAAGAAGGUUUAGCAAGUAGCAACGACGUUGCGGCGUACACAAGCGCUAUUUUAGCCGUUGUGCUUUUACUUUUGUUGCUAUUACUCUCCAGACAACCCCAAUCGACCAAAGAACUUUCGUUUAAGGUACCGCUGGUUCCACUCAUACCGUGCAUAAGCAUCUUAUUGAACGUUUACUUGAUGAUGAAACUCGACAUACACACCUGGAUCCGUUUUGCCAUUUGGUUGUUAAUUGGAUUGUUCAUAUACGUAUUUUAUGGCAUGAAGAACAGCGUCGAGGGACAGAAGCAGAUGGAAGAGCCAAAAAAGAGACCAUCAAGUUCUACGGUGGUGCAUCCAAUUUCCACCAUCAAGUUAUAGUACACACGUUAAGCGUAUAUGUAUACUGGCAAUAAGAUAUCGAUCAGAAUAUGAACAUUCCAUUUCAAACUUAAAAAUAAAACCGACUGUUGUGCGAACGAUGUCACUUUUCAAAACGCACCGCGCAGGGCGACUAUCGUUCCCAAAAUAUUUACACAUACCAGUAUUAUGAUAAAAUACACGUCUUAUAAACAAAUAAUGUAUUAUGUUAUAAUAUAUAUAACGAACGGCUACUUAAUAUGUAUAUUACUAUUAUUACUAUACAAAACUCAGUCGUUUUAUACAAAACUAUUAUAAUAUAAUAUUAACAUGACUUAUAAUACAUAGUCGUGUAAUUUAUGUCCUUAAUUUUUUUUUUUUUUUGUAUGUUGUGAUAUUUAUUUAUAGAAUAAUAAAUAAUACAUAGUAUAGCAAAAAUGACGAAGUUUUAAAAUUAAACAAUUAUUGAGUAAAUUCAAAAAUCUUCGUGUUUCUAUGUAGGUAUUUAAUUAUAAAGUAAAUAAUGAAUGUUAUAUACUUAUAUGAUAAAAUGUAUUGUACAAGAAAAAUUAUUUUUCUUAAAAGUUUAUUUUUUUUUUAACUAUUAUCAACAAUAUUAUUUUAUUAUUUUCUAUUUAAUGAAUAUAUUAUAUUAUAAUAUUUAUUUUUAGUAUUUAGUAAGCGUUUAUUAGAAACACAAUAUAAUACAUUUAAUUAG